AUGGAUGCGGACUGGACAUGGGCGUGCCGGGCGUGGGAGAAGUGGACCGCGAAGCACGUCGGAUCUUCCGUUGCAGGGAUGCCGGUCAAGGCGGCGCUGCUGCUCAACUACGACCCGACCGGACCAUCUCGCCUCCUCCCCAUCGUAGCAGAGGAAGAGGGAACAAAAUUUACUGCUGUUGAUCUGCAACCGUUCAUUAACUUCUUCAGGAGGAACAAUCUGCAGACGGAAUUCUUUUCUAUUGGACCAAACCAAUAUUUAGUCACUUCAAUCCACGAGCACUGGUUUUGUGCUCGUUGUGUUAACACAACACAGCCAGGAGGUGAAGGAGUUAUAGUUAUGCAGAUUGGAGCUUACUUAUUAGUCUCUAUGCAAUGGUGGCUGUUGAUCAGUUUGCAUGGCACUUCAACCGGAGAACACAUUAACUUCUUGUGGUGUAGACUCAUGGCCUUACAGUGUAGUGUAUAA